AUGAAUACGAAUACCAAUACAAAUACGAAUAUAAUAGUGGUUGUUAACAAAUACAUACAAUAUUUGAUAUUAAAAGAGACAUGGCAUCAUACAGUUGAAUUCACACUUGACAAGAUGUUGGGAUGCUCUAAAUGGAGGUUAGAGUUGGCAUUGGUAUGCAAGGAUUGGUUCAACUAUAUUAGAGAUUGCUUUGUUGUGCAACGUGAUAUUGUCAUUUGGAAUCAACAUACUACCGACCCACUACUAGUCAAGACCAUCAAGAUAGACGCACAUCUAUCAAUCAUGAAAGCACCAACCAUCUCUAAACUAUCUUUACAUGAAUCACUUGUAAUCAUUAGAUUAUCUUCUCAAAAUAACAAUAAUAACAAAAACAAUAACAAAAGUAAUAAUAAUAAUAAUAAGAAAAAGAAGGAGAAGAAGAAGAAGAAGAGACAACAUAAUAAGAGUAGUAGUAUAAUCAUUACAGAUAAAUACUAUCAAUUUGAUUGUUUCAAAUUAUUUGAAACAUUUAAUGUCAAGGUUGAUAGAAAGUAUCGUAGUCUUUGGAUGAAUAGUCGACCUUCAAGUCAACAGUAUGCACGUGAUGUGAUGACUGAACUACUUGGGUGUCAAAAGUUUAAAGUAUCUCUCAAAGAUACCUAUGUCAUUCCAUUUGCAAGUACGUCGAUUGUACAUGAUCGAAAGGUAGAUGAACAAAACAAAAGAAUUGAACGAAUGAGAUUGAUAGCAGGUCAGACUCUACAAACCCAACAACAAGAUAAUGAAGAAGAAGAAGAUGAAGGUAGUCAAGAUGAAUCACAACAUGACUAUGAAUACAAUUAUGAUAUGGAUACUUUUAAAGUACCUGUUCAAAUGAAUGAAGAUCAUAGUAGAUUGACACGAUUCAAAGUAUUGGGAAUCAGUAAAGAUCAAGUUAUAUUUGGGUCACAAAACUAUUUCGAUUCACCAAAACAUGUAACAUAUAAAGAGAGUUAUCUGUACACCCAAGAUGGACUAUUAGAAGAACUAACAAUCACUGAUCCAACCAACCAAUUAAUUGCUUCUCAAAAAUAUUUAAAACAACUUGCAUUAAGAAAUAAUAACUGUAAUAAUAAUAAUUGUAAUAAUAAUAAUAAUGUACUGGAUAAUUUAAAAUCAUUGGUUUGGAAUCCAGUGUCGGCAGGGUGUGAUGCAUCACAAAUCCCUUUAGACUUAUUAGAACUAUUUCCAAAGUUGUCAUUGUCAAUGCCAAGUAUUUUGGAACAAUAUGUACAAGCGAGUAAUGCGAUUAUUGGAUUAGAUCAACCAACACCAGAGAAUCAAUUAGGAUUGGUUUAUUUUAAUAUUCAUAUGACGGAUCAAAACCACCUUGUUUUGACAUUUGAUCAUAGUGGAUAUACAUUGAAUCCACCACCACCACUCAUUAAUCCUAAUACAAAUCAACAUGCAAAGAUGGGUAUCAUUGAAUCAAUAUUAGAGUCAACAAGAGUAACUAGACUAUCAAUUAUUCAUUCAAUUGAUUUUUGUUUUAUAAAAGGAUCGGUAUUACAACCAACGAUCAACUCUUGUUUAUCGUCACCAUACCUAACUCAUUUGGAAAUAUCAUUCUCAACUCGUGGUCCCACCGAUUUAAAGGAAUCAAUAGAUAUGAUGAUUAAAUCAUUUUCACAAUCGAAAUCAUUGGAAUCAUUCUAUGUUAGACAUUCCUAUCGACACUAUGUCUAUCCACCACCACCAUCCUUGGAACCAACACAACCAACAUUAAAUCAACCUAAAAAGAAAGCUUCUUCUACUCCCAAACCAUUAAAGAUGAAAAUUGAUAAAACCAUUGAUGAAGAAAAGAUUGCAUUGGAAUUACCCCAAUUCCAUAUCUCUACGAAAUGGGACAUAAAAGCAAAACGACCACAACAUUUCGGAUAUUCCCUCGGUGAAUAUCAUACAUCAUAUGAACUUAAAUCAAUUAUUGAAAACACUGCACCUGUGACCAGCGUCAGACUAAAGUUUCAAGAGACUGGUGCCAUCGUCAACUCGUCAGUCACCUUUGGUGUCUUCGCUACCCUCAGCACCCAGUCGCUCAUUCAAGUUACCCCAUACCUACCAAUGGCUCAAACAACCUACUUUAUAGAAUAUAAUACUCAAUCAGAAUCUGUUGAUCAAUAUAUGAAUUUUAAUUGUAAAUCACUGCCAUCAACGUUGACUAUAAAAUCAUCAAAUAUUAAUAGAUAUGUUCAAGAUGGUAUUUGGGUGGUAGAUGUAUUGACGACUGUCGAUUUCGAUUUAGUAUCCUCUCAAACAUUUGUGACGUGUACUGCAGUGAGUGGAUAUGUGUGUGCUCCAAUCUAUCCACAAUCAACUGCUACUGCUACCAUUCCAAUGCGAUUCAAAUUAAGUAUAUCCCCACAAUCAUCCAUGUCCUAUACACCAGCGACCGACAAUUUGUUUGAAAUUGGAAUGUCAACUACAACCAUUACAAAUCCUAUCAUUUCUGGUUCACUUUUCCCAACUAUUAAUAAUACUGAUUUAGCAGGAUUUACAUCAAGUUCAUCACCAGAGGUAGCAAGAACUAUUGGUAAAUGGGUGACUUCAAAUUAUCAUCUUCAAUUAAAUGUAAAUUCUAGUUCAACGUCGAUGAAUGAAUUACAAUUUUAUUCGGUCGAUGGCUCGAAUACUAGAUUCCUUAGAAAGGUACUUGGAAACAGUUUGGUGGGAAUAUCUUAUUUCAAAGAGUUGUCGUUAUCAUCCACUAUGACGAAUAGAAUGCAACAAGUUGCAGAGGGAGGCUAUAGAUCUAUACUCAAUGUUACCUAUCAAAUAGGGUAUCUUGCCGACCAAGAGUAUAUUAGUUCUAUUGGUGCAAGUGGGUAUACAGACAAACCUAAUGGCUACAAUCUCUAUCUCGAGACACAGGUAGCCGAUGUACCAUACCUUCAAGGCAAUGUACAAAUAUCCACUUAUUAUUCGGUCGUCUCUCUACCACUCCCAUUUGGAUUGCACAGAUCAUCAAGUGGAUUCGUAUUUAGAGCACCAUUCAUGUUACCACGUGGAUUAAAUACAACACCUGUCACAUUUAGGUAUCUUUCAACUAUGAAAUCUUAUACUGCCAACAAUGGUAAAUCAUUCCCUACUGGAGCUAAACCUCCAACUAUUACUGGUGUUUCGUAUUAUCCAUUUACAGGAUAUUCAUGUUUUGUAAAGGUUGGUUUUGAAAGUGAUUUAUUGACUGGAUUGAGAUCGAUUACUAUUUACAAUACAGUAUUUUCACUAGAGUCUAUAGUUAGUGGUGAUUUUUCAAAGGGAGAAUUGACGGGAGAAGUUAAAUUCAAUCCAUUCUCUUUGGCUACUGAUAAUACAGCACCAAUCAUUUCAAUGAGCGAUACUAUCGGUAUGACAAUCGCUGUCGUACCAGGUCAAUUCCUCAGUACCGAUGCAUUUGUUCCCUAUCAAUUGGAUAUUCCACAACUCUUUUUACGUCCAGAUAACUUUACAUCGUUGUUGUUUGCUCCCAACGACAUUGACACUAGUUAUGGACCUAGCUUUGUAUCCAUGUUGUUUAAUCUCACCGAAACACCUAGUUCCCCCAUCUUCAACAUAUCCAUCCUCCUCACCAAACUCAAUGCCGACGGGCAAUUUGGAAGUCGUUCCAUCUCUUCAUUAUCCUACUUUGAUUCCGUCGUAAAUAGUUAUCGUUCAGACUUUAUAUUACCACAAAAUCUCGGCAAUGAUACCAUUGAAUAUUUCUUUAAUCAAUAUACUCAUUCAACAACUUUAAACUCUAAACUUGGUUCUUUAUCACAAUUAAGAGUUAAAUCAAAUAAUUUAGAUAAAUUCCCACCAAUGAUUACAUAUAUAAAACCAAAUUUAGAUUUAAAUAAUGUUGGAUUUGAUAUUAGAAUUAUUGAUAAAAUCAAUGGAUUGGAUUAUGGUGUGGUUAAUAUUACAUCGGAUAUGGAUCCAAUCCCAAGAACCUUUGUUUUGGAUGUUAAUUCAUUGGUUAAUGGCUCAAUGUUUGAAGGUGAUCAUUCGAUUCGAUUCAACUAUAACUUGCCAACUGAGACUUGUAGAACAACCCAAUUAUUUAGAAUCACAGGAUUGUAUUUGGUGGAUCGUAGUGGAUGGUCGUCAUAUUAUCCAUCACAGGCUGCAUACAUACCCAAUCGAUACAAUGUAGAGACUUUGAUUGAUCCAUUCAUUCAACUUGCUUCUCCAGCAGUCUUACAAUUUACUAUUAAUUGUUCGCUUCCCGUUAUCACUGUGCCCGGCCCUAUGCUGACUAAUCUUAUUAUUUCACGUCCAUCGCUUGAUGUCGGGUCGAAUAACAGAGAUAUGUGGUUUUUAGCCACAUUCCAAGAUCAAAGUGGUACAGGUAUCUCGUUACGUCACACACCUACUUUGUAUUUGACCGACGCUUUAUCCAACUAUUUCCUCAUACCUGGCCAGUUGGGAUCGAUAAAUGGUGGAACAGUCAACUACAACUUUGCAGGAACCAUUCCCUAUGGAUUUGGUGCGAGCAGUAAUUUGUCCGUCUCGAUAUACGGUGUGUUUGAUAAUGCCCUGCACACACUCGGCAUGUCAUCGGUGGAGAUUUUCGGCAAAAGCAGUUCCUAUCCAUACUUUGUCCAAACCUUUUACUCACCCUACAACAUUGUAUUACGGUAUGCAAUGACUAAUAUUCCACGUGAUGGUGGUGCAGUGACAGUCGCUACGGCAGGUGUCAGCCAACACUUCCAGAUUCCAACCACCGAGUUUAACGUAGUCAUUAAUGAGCCUGGGUUUAGCCAAACUCUACCGGCCACUUUUACCGGACCCAUGACAUUUACUUUUGUCAUUCCAGUACCCAUCCCAGCGCAGUUGACAAGUAUACGUAUCACUUUAAAGUCAGCUACAGUUACAUCUCAAGCAUUGUCUAUUCCCGUGCAAGAUUACCGUCCAGUGUACACUCCACCAGCAAUUGUCCCAUGUCCAAAUGGGUGUGGUGGAUCGGACCACGGAACCUGCGGUGAUAAUGGAUGUGCAUGUAUAAAUGGUUGGUACGGUCCAACAUGCUCACAAACAACGAUUCAAGUCAUCCCCAACAUAACAAAGACUGAACCAACCAUUAUUAUAGGCAACCAAAAUACAACCUCUACAACCGACCGAUUCAUUUAUAGUAUAGUUUCAAUUGUAUCGAUUCGUGAGAUUGAAAUGGAUGGUACUACAUAUAAAGAGUAUCCACUCACCACUUGGGCAUACACUAACCAAACCACUGAUAUGUCGAAAUCAAUCAACUAUUUCUACAACAGUACACUUUCUAUUCCAACCGAUUCAACCAACUCUUCAUUCACCAAUACCACCAUAUCAGUAUCUGUUCAAUGGUUUAGAGAUGCUCAAGAGAUUUCAUUUGGUAAUCAACCAAUCUCACUCCCACCAUCAUCAACCAAGAUUAAUAUAGGUAUUGAUCAAUACCCAUUCCAAUCAAUUACCAACACCUUACAAAUCAUCAUGGACAUUUCAAUCAAUAUUGAUGAUAAUGAUGCAUGUUCAGAAUUGGAUUAUGGAUUGGGUAAUGGUAAUGAUGAGAAUGAUGUACAAUGGGUUAAACUCAAAGUUGGUGGAUCAUCAAUCUAUGCAAGAUUCAUUCGUAGUGGUAUCAUUGAUGGAAGACAAGCAGUCAUUCGAAACUCUGUCGUUGAAAAACAAGAGUCAUCUGGUACACGUCAAUUCAUUGGUAUCAACGUUCCCUACUACACCGAAAAUAUCCAACUUGAUCCAGAUCUAUCUAUGCUCGUUGAUAAUGGUGACGGUGACUAUGGAUGUGGAGACACCAAACCAGUACUCACCAACGCUCAAAUCGCAGGUAUUGCAGUGGCAGGCUCCAUCGUCCUCCUCGCAUCAACUUUUCUCAUUGUAUGGUACAUUAGAAAGAAAUAUUUCAUUCGUUUCACUGGAGGUAAAAUUGAAAUGGUCACUAUGAAAUAA